UCCCCGAGUGACACCCGGCGCGUCCAAUAGGCAGCGGCGCCUCCGCCUAGUUUGGGAGAUUCCCCGCGAGGGGCGGGCCCGGGGCAAAAGCGAAAGGCGCUCGGGGAGCCCCGGGUCCCCGCAGGGCAGGCGAGGCCUCAGGCGGCGUUGGCGGGGCACCCGCCGGGCUGCUUCUGGAGGCUGCUCCCGGGAGGCUUUUGCGGGGCUGCUGCUCCCGGGCUCCCCCUGAUCAGGAGGCAGGAGGGGCGAUGCUGCUCCAGCUGAGCGCCCACUUUGAUCCUCAGAGAGAUGUGGGGCCCUGGCUUUCCGAGCAAGCGGCGCUGCUGGGAGACGCUGAGGCUGAUAUUUUGGGGAAUAACUUGGAGACACUCCGCACAGUUAAUGUUGAAAGAAAUGGAAAUAUUAUUUAUACCUGGAAGGGGAAUCAGGCGCACACCUGUAUUGGAUUGUAUGAGCCCAGUAGUCAAAAGAACCAGCACUUAUAUACUUUUGAAAAGGACUUGCACAUGAUCAGCUGCUCUGUCAACAGUGAGAAGACAUUGCUGGCGGUCAGUUUUCUCCAGUCAACAACAGAAGAAAGAACAAAUCUCUUGUUUCCCCCAGUGUCUAAAUGUCUGACCUUGCUGAUUGAAAUUCACCCAGUAAAUAAUGUGAAAGUUUUAAAGGCUGUGGAUAGCUGGAUCAGAGUGCAGUUUGUUUAUCCAGUUGCAGAAACAAUUACUUCUCCAGCAAGCUACCUGUUGCUCAUUUCAGAAGAUAAAUAUAUUGAAAAAAUCGACAUCAAAGUUGUCAGAGAAGGAGACAGUGUGAUGAUAGAAAAUGCAAGCCAGCUUUCAAGACAAAGAAUUGUUGACGAUAUCUUUUGGGCCCAGUGGGAUACGCUGGAGCAAACAUUAUUUUACAUUGCCUCAAAGGAAUCAAGGGACACACUAUAUUGCAUCCAGUUUUAUCCUGAUAAAAACUUUAAACUUAUACUUGAAACACCUUUGGAUAUCAACUUGGAUGACAUAGGAUUAAAAUCUGUGAAUUUGGAUUUUAACUGUUCUCAAGACCAAGAGAUGAUAUCUAAACCUUUGAAUAUUCAAGUUUUUACCAGUGAAACAGGAUGUCUCUGCAUAUGCUGUAACCUGGUUCCUGUUAGUCCUGAAGAAGUAACAUACUCGGUGUCCUUUUUACAUAAAGGUUAUAGUAAAACGUAUACUGUUACUCUGGAAAGAGGGGAUUCCUCAGAAGUGAAAGAUCUUACUUUUUUAAAUCUUGACUAUUAUGUGGCUGUCUACUUACCUGGACACUUCCUGCAUCUUCUCAACACUCGGCAUCCUGACCUGAUGUGCUAUAACUUCUUUCUAACAGGUGGGAAUGCAAAAAUUAAUAGCUUGCACACGAACGCCCUCCUUUCCCCUCUCAAGUCGAUGGUCUUGGAUCGCAGCACAGGAAGCAUAUUUACCGUUGCUAUAAACAGGCAGGCCUUGCUGCAGUUUUUGUGGAACAGCAAGUCGGAUAACGACAGAUUGGCAGCACUUCACUGUUUACUUCUGCAUAUUGGAAGCGCUAAGGAAUUGGAAACCCAGAUUAUCCAGUGGAUUAUAGAGAACACAGCCACUUGUUUUACAUUUGACCCCAUACAGGAACUUAUCAUAGCUUCUUUGUCCUGGAGAAUGUGUCUGAAGGACAGCAAACUGGAUAGUGUUUUACCAUAUACACCACUCCUGUACUGGAAUGAGGAUAUCCCUGGAAUCGUAUGCAGAACACACAUUAUCUCACUACCUGUGUUAAAGUUACAGAAGUGCAAAGGCUUCUGGGAAAAGCUAGGUUCAAGCUUGGAGUGCUCCAGGUGUUUUGACCCACACAUGUGUUUCAACAGCAAGCUGCUUAGGCUGGAACGGGAUAAACUGCUUUCAGAUGAGAGAACUGAAGAGAGAACAAUAUAUACGGAAAGCCUGCUUGAAAACGCAAAGAAAGUGUUUUCCAGCCUGAAUAAAUGGAACACAGAAGAAAAUAUGGUUCCUCUCUUCCAGGAAGAAGAUUACCAGCAACGGUUGCUAACAGGACUGAUGGUAGCACAGUUGAAAGAUCAUCUCACAAGACACCUGCAGCAUGUUGGCAAAAAGAAGAUUGACCAAAUAGCUGUGGAUUAUGUUUCGAAAUCGCUGGAUCUAAUAUGCUUGAUAAUGGAGAACGUUUGGAAGAAAUAUAGUCUUGGUCCCUGGAUCUUCUCAUGUAGGCAGGAAGGAAGAUUGGAUGAGAUGGUCGUAUUCUGUAUCAUGUGUCAGAUUCUACAGGCCACCAGUGGAAUGUGCAUGCCUUUGCCUCCUGGAUUUCAUACUCUGCAUAUAGCACUGGGCAUCCGAUGUCUCCCUUUGCAUGCACUCUUGCAUUACAUUGACCAUGGAGUGCUACAUUUGACGGAGAAGUGCGUAAUGAAACUUUUGAAAGAGCUGGACAACACUGAAAAGAACGAAAAGCUCAAACUGAGUAUCCUCAUAAGGCUUCCUGAGGCAACUGGUCGUAAGGUUAGUCAACUCUGGAAUCACCCUGUAAGCACCAACAGUAUUGCAAGGAACUAUGUUAAAGUCUUGCUUGAGAAACUCAGCAGUAAACAGUACAGUAUGCUAGUUAUGGAGAGUUUGUCCCCUCAAAUAGAGUUUCUUCCGCUUAACUACUUGGUCAAUAUGCUGUCAGAGGUGGAGAGUCAAGGAUGGAUGACUUCUGUGGCACAGGAAAACAUGAACGCAAGAUGUGUGGAAGAGUUGGCACUGAAGCACACGACUGUGCUCUUAGGUCUUUAGUGAAACUUAUCAAAAGCGACCUUCUUACCUCAGCUGCAUUUCAGCCUUGCUAUGUCUGCUAGUGACAUGUACUGAUUCAGGAGAAAAACUUCCUAAAACUUCCGCUGACUACUUAGAGAGAGUUCAGUAUAAUGACUUUCUCAUUGUCACUACUUAUUAUUAGUAAUGGGAUACAUGCCAAAGUUGCUGUGCCCAAAAUGCAGUGAUUUUCAGGUACCGACAUGGAAUUACGAACUUCUGCUUAAUUUGCCUGCUACUCCAGUUCAGAUUCUGGCAAGUAAAUUCUGAAUAUGGAGUAACUAUAUAACAGAUCAAAAAGAAACUGGCAGCUGUUGUACACUGAUGUAUAAGGGGAUCAAUUUAUGAACUUGGGAAGUAUGAUUAAAAUAGCUCUCUGUAAAUAAUGGGAAUAAAUGUAUAAUUUUGAAACUUAAUAUAUCCUUGCUUAUGUAAAAUAUCAUCUUUCUUUUGUAUAUUUUGCUACACUCAUAUGAAACUUCUGCAAGGCAACUAAAUUUCAACUGGGGCAUAUUUAUAUCUGUAUUGUCCCUUAGCAAUCAGUGGGUAUGAUCCACUUUUAAGUUAAGCAUUAUUAAAGCUUGUUGAUACUGA